GCGCUGUCUGGUAGUCCCGCGCGCGAGCCGAGGGCGAGGUGAGCGGGCAGCACGAGUUUCCUUUGGGGCGUGAGGCGAGCGACGCGCCGCGAGAUCCCGCAGGGCUCCAUCCUGUUUGUGUCGUCGGGAAGAGGAAAAUGUAUUUGGGAGAAACAGUAAAGUAUUCGGCGGGCUUCUGCGGCCACUUCCCCGCCGCGUCGAGCUACGAUGACCCGGAAGCAGCACAGUUCAGCCUCUGCGCCUCGUGCAUCGCGGAUAUGGCCAGCCUGAUCAGCAUCAAGUGCAGCAUUCCAACGGCGGUGGGCAAGUCGAUCCCCUUCGGACUCCUCUCUACAAAGGAUAUCUCAUCUCCGCAUUCCCCAGUGUGUGUUCAGCGCGAUCACUCCAGCCACGCUCUCUCGCCAAGGGUUUUCCAAAAGCUGUCUGACUCGGCGAGCGGAGCCGCGUCGCCCUCUCGCUCUGGCGAUCCUUCUGUGUGUGAGAAGCGAGAAAGAACGGCGGACGUCCUGGGGAACGCACAGGCCGCGCGUCCGACGAAGCCCUUAGCUAAUGGAGGCAAGCAGAAGCCGAGGACGUCUCGAAAGGACACUGGGAUGGUGUGGGAGUUCUUGCGGAGCCUCCUGCAGGACCCGCAGGCGAACCCGGCCAUCAUCAGGUGGGAGAGCCCCCAGGAGGGCCGCUUCCGCCUGGUCCAGCCGGAGGAGGUGGCCAGGCGCUGGGGGGCCGUCAAGGGGAACAGCAGCAUGAACUAUGAGAAGUUCGGCCGGGCCAUGAGGUACCAGUACAAGAUCAAGACCCUGAAGAGAGCGAAGCAGAAGUUGGUCUACAAAUUCGGGACCAACGCCUCGGGCUGGCAGUGCUCAGAUCGACGCGCGGAGAUGAGUACCAAGGAGGGCGUGGCUUGAAGUCAAGGGCACCGUACGACUCAUGGAAUUGCUGUUCGCUGUUUGACUGGAUAAUUUAGCAUAUCCGAGCUCGAUAUGAGUAUUUAUGAGCAUGAUGAUGAGGAAGAAAGGGCGUUGUGAUGUGAGGUGUAAAGACGAGGGGAAAUUACCUAGAGUUUUAGAGGUGAUAAAACCGAGUGCAGUAAAAUGUCUGAACAGAAAGGACAAUUGUAUGAACAUGAACACUGUAUACUGCUUUACAAUGCGAUUGUGAUGUUCUCUAUUGAUCUGUUUUUUUUUUUUUUUAGCUUUGUAUGUUAGCGAUUUUUAUAUAAUUUCUACUUAUAUUUUGCCGUACUCUGAAACUGGAAGUAAAUGUACAACAUUGUAACGAACAUUUAGCAUUGUCUUUCUUUGAGGGAUAUUUUAUGCUACAGCAGAUUCAAACAAAUUCUUGCCAUGCAACCUGAAAAAAGAGAAAGAAUUUCAAGUGUUCUGUUGGCGCCAGGGCUACAACUGGUGGUGGUAUGAUGCUGUGGCCUUAGUGCCGUUAUUGGUGUCUUCGAAGAAAGCUUCCUGUUACUGGCGCUGGUGUGUGCAAUCUGGCUGUUUGGUUCUGUGAAGUUUGCAGAUGUCUUAUGUGUAUAUUUUAAGAUUAAACUAUUAUCUAUAUUCUGUGAAUAAACACUAAAACGUUA